AUGUUGCUUUUUCACCACCUCCUGUUGCUUUUUUCUCUGCUCUACGGAAUCUGCACUGCCAUUCAAGCUGUUCAGCGGAACAACAACAAUGCAGUCCAAGAAACCCCUAAAGAUAGAACUACAAUGCAUCGGCGAGAACUUGUUGCAGCUACCAAACUCUCAAAACUCGCACGGCGAAGCAAUACCGUUGAACUGGCCAGCGCUUUUGACCUGGAAUACCUUGAAGGCGGUGACUUUUAUGGCAAUUCUCCCUUAGGAGCCACCGUCCAUGUUGAAUCACACAAACCAGUACUCUUGUUGGAAGAGAUCGAGCAUCUACUAAAUAUAGUAGAAUGUUCUAGUUCGACUAUCUCGAUGGCGUUUUUGACAGACCAUGCUUCAGUCCCAUUGGAAAAAGCCUUUGAACAACUCAAAGGCGGUUUUGUAGUGAGCUCUCAUUACGGAUGCAAUGUGGCGGGAGCCCGAAACGUGUUUCGUGUGGAAAGCUAUGACAUGUCUACGGAUGAGGGGCACGUCCGUCUCUCCGUUAGCCGUAUGUCUUGGGAAAAUGCCUUUCCAAACUUAUCAAUCAAGAUGAGCAGCACAAAAGAGAAAAUUGUACAUCGGCCACACGAAAACUUUCGGCGUCAGCUGACUCCAGCAUCGGAAACAAGCACAAGUUCAUCUGUUUCCAAUCCUAUCAAUCCAGAAGAAACUAACAAAGCCUAUCUGUCGAUUGGCAAAGAACUCCUGGAAACGGCUUUAGAAAUUCCAGCGGUUGCCAACAUAGUACCACCCCCUUUUACGAUUGAGUGCAAAGACUGUACCACGAAUGGAACAGUUGAUUUUGAAUUCUUCGAUUUCCAAAAAGAUUGUAAUUUGGAAGGGCUCCUCGACUGUAUCAACGGAGUAAAUGCAGCAGUAAAAGUAGAGGGAUUCGAGGCACAUGUUGAGCUGUCCGCGACUUUAUCUCGAGAAGCAGAAUUUGAAGCCCCUUUGUCUGCCCUAAACCUUGAUCAUAGUUUGGAUCUAACCACACGAAAGAUUAAGGAUUUAGGUUCUAUUGAGCUUGGUUGGUCUCCUUCCAUUUUUCUUAGUUACGAAAUGAAUGGAAAUAUCACAUUCACGUACGGCUUCAAAGUCAAGAUGUCUUCUGCAUUAUCUAUCAACCUUGGCAUGAAGGAUCAAACAGAACCAAACCGGAUCGGCUUAGGCAAACUAAACGUCGAAACUAUUCCGUUCCAAGCAGAAGCAAAAGUAGACAACAUAACGUUCAGUAUUGCUCUCCGUAGCCGCUUGAGUGCUUCUUUUACGUUCGAAUCAUCUUUUACCAACCAGAGCAGCAUAGGCGUCAGUGCAGGAAUUCAGCUCGACAUGCCUGGCCUAUCGACCAAAGUCACCUCUAUGCAAGCCGUAGAUGCGAACUGUCAGCCGCUUAAAGACUCAAACACAAACUCUGACGACAGAAACUUGAUAGAGAAAAUUCUCACGAAUGUAUACCGCUUCGACUCAAGCGCUAUAAUGAACGCUAGUGUCUUUAGCCAGGUGACUACCUCCACCGGAUGUCCUGAAGAGUUUUAA